CAUACCAUAGCCAGAUGAACCCGCGGACUGUGAGCCUGCCCGACCUCGUCUCUGAGAAGAAGCGGAACACCGCACUGUCCCUCUCAGAGGGCUUUUCUGGUGCUAAACAUGAAGCAGCACUGAGUGCCACAACAGGCAGCACAUGGCCAGGAAGACCUGGCCAGCAGCCCUUUGCAGGUGUGGAUGAGAGCACUUCCAAGGGCCUCACCUUCUCAAUGCCAAUGUACUACAGGUGCCGGCAGCUAGUGCUGAACAUGCAGAAGACUGGCCAUAGAGUUCCGCAGAAGAUGCAGACUGAGCUUCGCUCUUUGGAGAAGUCUGUAGCCGCUGAGAUUCGCGCUUUGAACCCGUUGCUGUUCCAGCGGUUCGAUGAUGUGCAGCUGGACAGGCUGCUUCGUGCGAUGUCUUUCUUAAGGCUGUCAGUUGGCCGCUGGCUGUUUGGCAGCGAGCAGCUGGCUGCAGCAUGGCCAAGGGGAUCAAGGUCCUUUCUGCUCAUGGCAGGUAAGAUCAACCUGUACGUAGACUCGAAUGGCGUUGGGGAGCGGCAAGAGAUCAACAAGGGCGCCAUUUUUGGGGAGAGGCAUUUCAGGCUGGGUGACGAAUGCAUGAUGGAUAUUGUCGGAGGAGCUGCCCAGUGCGAGGAACCAUGUAUAAUCGGAGUGGCCGGCACCUCUGUGCAACGGCAGCUUGUGUUUGUGAAGAUGUACAUCAGCUUUGCCUUUUUGAGGGGGCACCAACCGGAGGUAUUAGGCACCGAAGUCUUAGAGGCCGCUUAUGCAGACCGUGCCUUUGGAAACAGGAAGAUUGCCCUAAGCAUGCGCCAUGCGCCCGCUCUUUCCCGAGUGGUGCUGCCCGACAACGGGCCCCUGGCCAAAUUUGACUUCGCUUCGAUGACAUUCGAAGAGAAGUCCAAGCUGUUUGAGGAGAAGCAGUCCGGUGCAGUGAAGCAUGCACUGGAAGAGCUAGCAAAGGUGGCCACUCAGAUUCACCUGCUACCCGGGCAGGAGCUUCUGAGCGACCCGCCAGCGGAUGACAGUGUCAUCAUGGUGUCCAAGGGAGGCAUCGAGAUCCGAGGGGAUAUCAAGCUGACAGAGAAGCUGGAUGCUCUGCCGCCCAAGAAGAAGCGCAUACGCAUUUUCCUCGACCGUGCUGAGAAGCUUGCAGGUGACUCGAUUUUCGACAAGCUGGACCCGUACUGCAUUGUAAAGAUGGGUGAGUUCAAGCGCUUCCAGACGCCUGUCUUGUGGAACGUGGGUGUAAAUCCUCAAUUUGAGUAUCAGGGCGUCCUCACCUACACAGAUGAGGAGGAGUUGGAAAUCAUCGUUAUGGACUAUGACAAGUUUUCAGCGGAUGACUUGUGCGGAAGCUGCACGGUGAAAGUGGCGGACUUGCAUGACGGCUGGUAUGGCAAGGUGGAUCUUCAAAGGCCAAAGCGAUCCUUGGGAGCAGUCAAGGACGACGAGCAGCUGUUAGAGCCUGCAGGCAGGCUGUACUUCGGCGUCAAAUAUGACUACGAGAAGAUCAGUGCCCUCACCAAAAAGCCAAAAGAAAGAUCCUGGCAGAACCAGGUGCUCUUCAAUCUCGGCGCCCAUGAAGCUUGGGGUCAUGAGACGAUCAUGCUUGGCCCGAUCUUCAUGAAAACAUUGGAGGGGUCUGCGAAUCAGACAGCCUUUGCGCUGGAGCUAUCAAAUUUUCGCAUGUUCGGUGGCUACCAGAGAGGCACCAAUGACAAAAUUGUGCUGCUGAAGGCAUCCAAGAAGAGGUUCGUGGACUUUGUCAAGAAGAGCCAGAAGGAGAAGCAAUUCUUGCAGACUUGCCGAGGAUCUACACUUGACAAGCAGCAGAUCAUCAAGGGCAUCAUCAAGAUGUUGAUUGACCGAUGGGAGACAGAAGAUCAGGCAGACAACAUGCGCAAAGGUGUGUACUUCAACAACAAGGUGGAGGAAGCGGUUGACCCUAUGAAAUUCCGUGUUGCUUAUCGAGGAGCCAAGGCGCACAUCACGGUGCGAAAUGCCCUGAACCUGAGUGGCGGCGGGUGGUUUGACAAGCUGGACCCCUAUGCCAUCCUCAGGUUCCGAGGCAGCAAGUCUGAGUUCCGUACGAGUGUGCUGCAAGAUGCGGGUGGCGACCCCAUUUGGAACUGUGAAGGCUACUUGGCCUACAACGGGGAAGUGGCUUUGGAAAUCUCUGUUUGGGACUACGAUCCCUACAGCUCCGACGAUCUCGUUGGCACGGGCGUGAUUCAGGUGGAGCAAUUCUGCAGCGGGUUUGAGGGCAUGGUCCCACUCAGCUUGCCGACCGACAAGAAGAAGAAGAAGAAGACGUUGAAACAGAGUAUGAUCACGAUCGGCAUUCUGUGGGAUGCACCUCAGGAUCUUCAAAGGGCUGACCCAGCCUUGACGAUGGGGACGAUGGGAUCUGGUAUGAAAUCACUAUUGAGGUAGCAGCAUAUAUCCUUGAUGCCAUUUAUGGCCGGACUGCAAUCGCAAGAUUUGACCUUCGUCGGCUCUUCAGAGCACUGCGCUCUGUAGCCUUUUUCUUGGAAUUUGCCCAGCCGAGCUGGUGAAGGGGUUUUGUACGACUCGGCAGAAGGGUCUGCCAAUAGGAGCUCUCAACUCCAAGACUUGAGGUUCAUGGUUUCACCCUGGUUUUGGUGCCCGCUACAGGCGGCAGUUAGCGCCCGCCUUGAAUUAAGUCUGCCCGAACGGGCAACCCAAUCGCAACCGGAGUUCCGGGAUGCAUCGAGAGGAAGGCGCCUGCCGAAUGGCCAGGCGCUUGCAGAUGACUCGGCAGCGAGCCGUUGGAAGUGAAGGAGUUGCGGUGCAAGUCGGCUCCUCUCUAUAGACUCCAUAGGUG